AUGACAAUUGGACCAAAUGGCUUGGCCCUAUUAACUAAACGGAAUUAUACUAAAUGGGCUAAGGAAAAUUCUGCGGUUGUUGAUGAGAAGGUGGAAGCAGAGCUUCAGCUGGUUGAUGGAAAUAAAGUGGAUUGGAAAGGAAGAAGCGCUCUCAAAUUCAAAUAUGGGGGGACAAAAGCUUCUUGGCUCAUACUAACGAUGAUUGGUUUUGAGAACUUAGCAACUUUCUCAUUAGCUGUGAACUCGGUGCCAUACUUCAAUGGGAUAAUGCAUUAUGAUCUAGCAGAUGCAGCCAAUAUGCUCACCAACUACUUGGGUGUCACCUACAUACUCUCCAUUUUUGCUGCUGUACUUGCUGACGCAUGGAUUGGCAGAUACAAAACCGGUUUAAUUUCUGGGUGCAUCAUGUUCGUGGGACUUGCAUUACUUACAGCACAAGCACACUUUCGUGUCCUUAAGCCACCCAUUUGCAACAUCUUUGAUAUAACUGUUCAUUGUGAAAAACUGAGUGGAGGCCCGGAAGCUUUUCUCUUAAUUGGCCUAUACUCGUUGGCCUUUGGUAGUGCAGGAGUCAAAACUGCAUUGCCAUCACAUGGUGCUGAUCAGUUUGAUGAAACAGACCCUAAAGAAGCAAUGAAUAUGUCAAGUUUCUUUAACAGUCUCUUAGUAGCUGUUUCCAUGGGUCGUGCAGUGAGUUUAACGUUCAUUGUGUGGAUACAAGACAACAAAGGAUGGGAUUGGGGUUUUGGGAUUGGCACCGUAUCUAUAUUUUUAGGUAUAAUAAUCUUAGCCUCAGGAUUACCACUAUACAGAAUUCAUGUUGCUCAAGGAACAAAUGGUUACGUUGAGAUCAUACAGGUCUAUGUUGCUGCAAUCCGUAAUAGAAAUCAUCCUCUUCCUGAAAAUCCAAUAGAUCUUUAUGAGAUUGAACAGGAUAAGGAAGCUGCUGUAGAAACAGAGUUUCUACCUCAUAGAGACAUUUUCAGGUUCUUGGAUAGAGCAGCCAUCCGAAUAAAAUCUGAUGACCAAUUUGAUAAACCAGAAGUUCAAAACCCAUGGAAACUUUGCAGGGUUACCCAAGUUGAAAAUGCCAAAAUCAUUCUUAACAUUUUCCCAAUAUUCUGCUGCUCAAUUGUAUCAACACUUUGCCUAGCUCAGCUACAAACUUUUUCAAUCCAACAGGGCUACACCAUGGACCAAAGCUUCAACAAGCAUUUUAAGAUCCCACCUGCAUCCCUCCCAAUCAUCCCAAUUAUGUUCUUAAUCAUUGUUGUUCCUCUCUAUGAUCGCUAUUUUGUGCCUGUUCUGCGAAAAAUCACUGGUAUCCCUACUGGGGUUACCCACUUGCAGCGCAUAGGAGUUGGUCUAAUACUUACUUCCAUAUCCAUGGCUGUGGCUUCAAUUAUAGAGGUAAAAAGGAAAGGAGUGGCUAGAGAAAACAACAUGCUUGAUGCUUCACCAGUAUCUCAACCAUUGCCCAUAAGCAUAUUUUGGCUUUCUUUUCAGUACUUCAUGUUUGGCAUAGCUGACAUGUUUAGCUAUGUGGGGCUGCUGCAGUUUUUCUAUUCAGAGUUGCCCAAAGGGCUUAAAUCUACAUCAACCUCCUUCCUUUGGAGCUCUAUGGGACUUGGGUAUUUUCUAAGUACCAUAAUGGUAAAGAGCGUGAAUGGUGCCACCAAGCAUAUUACUAAAAGUGGGGGUUGGUUAGCAGGGAACAAUAUUAACAGAAACCAUCUAAACCUGUUCUAUUUGUUCCUUUCCAUUGUGAGCUCGAUUAACUUUUGUAUCUAUUUGUUUGUUUCAAAGAGGUACAAGUACCGGGCUAAGGGCCCUAGAGUAGUCCCUAAUGGCAAGUCAAAGGAGUGA